AAAUCAAGUGAUACUCUUCACUUGCAGACAAGCACUCUCUCUGUUCAGUUCAUUUGUUCGGUUUCAUCGCACAUUUGUCAUCAUUCAUCAUUCAUCUUCAUCAUCAUACUCUUGUUUCAUGAAAAUGCUUCCAUUUGAAACACCAACGAUUUUUGAACAACUACCAAAAUACUUUUUUUCAGUGCCCAAAGUGGUUUCAAAUCAAAAGGACAAAUUUGAAAGUGAUGAGUUAUUCAGACGGUUAAGUCGUGAAAGUGAGAUCCGUUUUGUUGGAUAUAAGGAUCGACCUAUAGUUGAACGUCGUGUACGUUUUGCCACCGGAUUACGUGAAGCAACAACGGACAUAGUAUUUAUACCUACAGGAACCAACCUGCAAUUGGUAUUUAACUCUUGUGUAAACGGAUUCAGCGAUUAUUGUGACUUUGAAAAGGAGCGAGGAAAAGUUCACUUUAAAUCAAGUUUCAUCAUGAACGGUGUUUGUGUCCAUUGUAAGGGUUGGAUAGACCUUGAAAAGUUGGAAGGAAUCGGUUGUCUCGAGUAUGACCAGGAAAGAGGUGCAAUUGAAGAUGCUCUGUUGAGAGAGCACAUCGAAAGAUGGAAAGCAAAGCCUAAUAAAAUUGAUAAACGUAUUUGUGGAAUCAACCAACUUGGCCGAUCAUUGAUGGUUUAAUCAAACUAUGUUAGGUGUUGUUUUUUGUGUUUUUAAAUAUCGAACCCGACUUGAUUCAUCUUCACUCAUUUGGUCAUUUGUUCAACGUUAUUUCAACGCUUCAAUCCAAAGUGUUGACACUAUUUUACCGACUUUUGUGUUUGUCUAUAUCAUUAUUAUUAUUAUUACUAUUGAGCAAAUUAAACCUGGAACAAGGAAACAAGCGGAAUGAAAAAGCCCCCGAAAAAGAUCACCAUUUGGAUGAAGAUGAAGACGAUUUGAACAGUUUUUUAAAUAAAUAUAUUAACAUGGACAAAAAUUGCAGCAAAAAUGGAUUGAAAAAUAGAGUAAAAAUAUUUUAUUUCCAGGCAAAGCAACAAAACAAAUGAUAAUUGCAAAUAUCAACUUAAAAUUAUAAAAAAUUGAUCGAUAAUAAGAAAAAAAAUAAAAACUAAAAAAAUGAUAAAAUCAAUGAAAUGUCCCAAAAAAAUUCAAUUAGAGAGACAAAAGUGAAGCAAUGCUGAUCAUCGGCAAUAAAUUAAUGAUAAUAUUAAUAAAUGAAACUUGACAAUUAACAAU